CGCGUGGCGGCUGCCACUAUGGUCUGGACGAGAACAUUUGCUCGAGACCGUGAAGACACUUCCUGAGCUUCGGUGAAGGAUUUUAUCUGUCCGUUUGCGAUUAUAACGGGAUAUUUUCGUUUUUUUAAACUUAUCAGGUAAAAGAGCAAGUUAGGCGGGUUUGAAACAACAUUAUAGCUCAAGGCCGAUGUGUUCAGUCAGCCCAUGUAAACACUGAGACUGUCAGUGGGGGAGAGUGAUCUGUCAUUCAGUGGAUCCACCCCAGCCAAAGGACAACAGUGAACUACUGACAGAUUUAAACAGGGCACCUGCUGCACCUUUUUAUGAUGACUACUCGAGGUAAAAGUGAAGGCUGCCGCAUUUGUGGGAGUGACCUGCAAGGUAACCAGCGGCGAUGGCUGUAUGCAGGUCAGAACAGAAAGGGGGCACAACCUCAGACGCCGACAGACUUUUCUAGCAAGGGAAGCUUGCCCAGAUCGGCACAAAGCAGCCCAUGGGGCAGCACUUUAUCACUAAGUUCCUCUCGUUCGCUAUCGAAGUCUCGUGGCCUGCUCACCCCCACGAAAGGAAUCGACCUGCUCUGUGUGCUGACACAUAUAUUAGAGCAGUCUGUACCACGUGGGGAUGGUCAGGGGGAGUUUUUAUGCGGCAAGUGUGUGUCUGUUUUGGAGCGAGUUUUCAAGUUCGACACAGUCAUUGCCAGAGUCCGAGCACUGUCGAGUGAGAGACUCCAGAAACUCUCUCAGGAAAGGGACAAGAUCAGACGAUGGGUGCGAAGCAUGUAUGAUCAGCGCCACUCAUCUACUUCCAGGAGAAAUGGUAGUUCCAGUGAGGAUGAAGGGGAACGGAAGGAUUAUGUAGGGGAAGGAUAUCGAGAAAUGCUGAGGGACAACAUGGCCCUCUCCGAGUACGAAUGGUGGUCCGAGAAAGCGGAGUCAUGUUCGUAUUACAGGAGAACAGGGAAGCGGUGUCAGAAAGGCAAGAUGUGUGAGUGUUGCGACUCCUUGAGGGUGUCCGACUCGGACUAUGAGUCCGUUUGUGGAAUUCCACGUCACUUGCCCGAUCAAGCUUUCACAUCAUUGGGCCUCUCUCGAGAAAAAUCCUGCAGCAUGCCUCUUCAUUGGUCGAAAGUGCCAUCUGUCAGAUCCAGCCCCGCCUCUCUGUCCAGUUCCUGUCAUUCUUUGCGAACUCGAUCCUGCACUGCCUCCGUUCAGUCGCUGGACUCUUUAGACGGCAAUGAUCCAUUUGAUUGGCCAGAAGAGCAUUCGGCCAUGAUAGACACAGUUUUCAAAGAGUUAAAGAGAAUUGAGGGAAAGCCAGUGAGGUCACCGGCUGGAAGUCGCAUUCCUGUGUUGGGAAGAGGGGACGUGCAGAAUGGGAAGGAUGAGGUGGGACUGAAAGCAGGGUUAGUGAGGGUCCUGAAUUUUGGAGAGGGCAACAAUGGGACGGAGGAUGAAUUUGAAGAAGAGAACAAUGACAUCCUGACUGAGCUAAAAGAUGACUUUAUGCCUUUGCAAAGAGAGGCGUCCAAAGGUAGGGUGCACCUUGCUGUGAAGCAGUUGCGUGAACAACUCGUUCAAGCUGAGGCUCACAUCAGAACUCUUGAGGCACAGCUAAGGGAUCGCAACAAACCAACAACAGAUGCUCCUGCCAAGCAGUUGAAGUCUCCACAAGUGACCAGUCUGAAAAAUAAAAAUUACCUCAUAGAGAGCCUCAGCCAAUCACUGCACAGCAGAGAGAAUGUAAUCCAGGAAUGUGUGACUUUGAUCCGGAAGCUGUGUGCUGAGCAGGGGCUGGAAUCACAGGACACUGACAAACUCAUCAAAAAACUGGCCAGCACAGUGACUGAUACAUGCAGUGAACGUGAGGUGGUUCUGGAGGCCCAGCUGUCUGAGUUGAGCGAAAAAGAGAAAGCUCUGGAGAAACAGCUGCAGGCCAUGAGAGACGCUGGCAGAGAGAGAGACAGAGACUUCAUCACACUCAACACUGUGCUCCAGUGUAACCAGGAUGUUAUUAACCACCUACGUGUAGAGCUUGCGGAGAGGGAUCGAGCCCAACAGGAAACUAUGAAAGAAAGGGAAAUGUGGAACGCAAGAGAUUCAGCUCUGACUGCACUGGUGAAGGAGAACAAAGACUAUAUUUCCCAGCUAAAAGAGGUGCUGGAGAGUUCCCGCAGAGAUGUGCAGGCACUCUCAGACUCACUGAUUGGACGGGGAUUGGAAGGGGGCGAAGCUGAGGCUGGAUUGGUCAAUCAGCUGCGAGAGAAAGAAGCUCUGCUGGCAGCGAGCUUCAGAGAUAGAGAGGAGUUCAGCGCCACCAUGCUGCAGGAGAUCUCAAGCCUCUCCUCGGCCUUAACUGAUGCUGAAAGCAUCAUACUGGACCAAAGAGAAAAUCACAAACAAACCAUCACUGCACUAUCAGAGCAACUCAAGGACACACUCAAGGAGCUGAGAGAGAAAACCAAGGAGAAAAAGGAGGCUGAACUAGGCUGGAAGAAAGAAAAUAAAGAGAAAGCUUUUGAGGAACGAAAACUAAGAGACAAUCUUCAGAAGAGGGAUAAACUCAUAGAGCAAGUUCUUCUGGAGUUAGAGGAGCGUGACGGUGUGUUAACAGAGCUACAGCAAAACAUCUCUAGCAGACUUGGACCCAAAAUAGCCCUGAAACACACACUGUGAGUGUGUGAUUAAACACAGUAUGUGAAUUAAUGAUGAAUUAAUGAAUUUAAUGAUGUUCUAUAUACUGAACUUGAUAACUGCUCAAUAUAUUGGUAAUGGCACUACUUUCAUUGAGUGCAAUCUAAAACAAUAGCUCAGCUUCUAAUAAAGUUAAUUCUUUUAAAA